AUGUCUAGCUCCAAGACCAAUCCUCCUGCUGAAGUUGUGGUUCCUGAUGAAACGAACGAGAUUAUUCUUGCAGAAGCCCAGAGGGCUAAUGAAGAUGGCGGUGAUAGCAAAAUCGACCUCCUUGCAUCGAAUCUCACUGGGCAUCUUCUCACUAGGUACACUACCCACGGGCUGACUCUGAGUGAACUUGAGCGCUCCCUUAGAGAUUUGUGGUAUGCAUGCAUCCAGGGAGCUACGUAUGUACCAUCUGCCGGCCACCAGCAGAGCUCAAUCGUAUGCUGCAUCUUAGCUGCAAGAGCAUCCGGGCCCUUACAGUAUAAGCCACCAGCUCUUGAAGAGUCGAGCGACAAGCCGGCAAAGGAGGGAGAUAUUGUUACCUUCUCUGAUGGGCGAACCUUCUUCCCCGAUUUACCACUGUUUUCGGCAUCCCUUGUCAAAGAGUUCACAGGGAACUUUUAUCAGCUGAGCAUGAUCCAACAGAUCAACCUGGCGACUUUCGUUGGGCGCCUUAUCUCGGUGGGGGUUUAUGAUGGGCCUGCUCUCUGUGCACUUUCGCUCUUUAGAGCCGUUCUGGAGGAACCGAGGCCACUCCAGACGACCUCUUCUGAUGAAGAGAGAGGGGAUCUGGCACCAGUCCAGGAUCUCAUUGUUUCUUUGUAUGAGCUCAUUGAAUCUUCAGGCGUGAGCUUUGCCGUGCUAUCCAGCAGGAAUCUGCAAGCAACGCACGCCGCUGAGAGCUUUUCCGAUUUCCCGCAUCUCGCCGGCCCAGGCGAGCUGGCCAUGAAGGCUGGCAGCACGCCUCCUUUCCCAUCCGGAUACAGCUCUGAGCGUUGGGCCUUCUGGGUCCAGCGGCUCAGGGAACUAGAAAAGUGUGGGUUUGAGGAUGUCGAGGGGAUGGCUCGCGGGUGUCUGGACGUGAUGUAUCAGGCUGAAAGCAGGACUAAUCUGCUUGGGCUGCUGGCUGAUAGAGCUCCAGCACUUCCUGAGAUGGACACUGCUAUAUGA